AUGGCGAACCCCAACCCUCACGACAUGGUCACGUUGGCCCCAGAUUCUCGAGAGACGGAUCUUGAGUUGGCCGCGAUCCCAACACUGGCUAAUAAUGAUAUCGCCAGCAGCAAAAGCGCAAAGGAGUUUGAUACGGACCCCUUCCUGGUCGCCUUUGACCAACAUUACGACGCCGAGAACCUGUUGGACUGGCGCGACAGCCGCAAAUGGAUGGUGACCGAUGUUCUCUCCGCCACUGGCUUCAACCGAAGUAUGGUGUCGACCAUCAUGGUCCCCGCCCUCUCCACCAUUGCGACCGACUUGGACAUGUCUGCCACGGAAUCCGCCAUGUCGCUAUCAAUCUACCUCUUGGCUAGCGCCUUUGGCCCGCUAGUCAUGAGCCCGUUGUCCGAGAUUUUGCGGUUUCGCUGCGACGAAGGAGGUGCUGAUUGCGUCGCGGUUUUUUUGGCCGGCUUUGGCGCGAGUGGCAUAUAUGCGCUUGCAGGUGGCGUGAUGGGUGAUAUCUGGAGACCCGAACAGAGAGGGCGUGGUUUGGCAAUAUAUCUAAUACAUCUCCUAGGGCGUGGUUUGGGAAUAUAUCUCCUAAUUUCGCUACCUAGCUGCGGCGGGCGCAUUAUUGGCGGCUUCAUUGCUGAACGCUCACACUGGCGCUGGAUAUUCUGGUCCACAUCCGCAUUCCAAGCUGCAAUGACCAUCAUGUCGUUUUUCUGCUUCCACAAGUCGUACUGCCCGCAUAUCCUCCGAAGGCGUGCCGAACGUCUUCGCAAGGAGACUGGGAACAACCAUUUUCACACAGAAAGCCAAAGGUUUGACGGAGGACGGUCGGCUGCUAGGGUUGUCAUGCGCGCCAUUACAAGACCGCUCCGUUUGCUCAUGUUUCACCCCAUCAUCCAGGUUUCGUCGAUCCUUCGGGGCUUCCACUAUGGCAUCCUGUACAUCACCCUUUCAACGUUCUCCACCCCCUGGAUCUUUCAUUAUCACCAAUCCCUCGAAAUCAGCGGACUACACUACAUCGCCUGCUCGCUGGGCGAACUGGCCGGCUCACAGGCUAGUGCUCGGUUAAUGGAUCAUUUCUAUAAACACAGACAACAAGGUCGAGGAUUUUUGCCUGUAUCUCUCAUCCCGCUGAUGAUUCCUAGAACCAUUGCUGCGUGGUCAAGCGCGUUGAUCUAA